UCGGCGACUGGACUCCGCCUCCGUCUGGACAUCCCUUCGAUAGUGAAAAGUGGUUCAUCCGUUUGGCUUCACUGCGAUUACGACCUCGAAAUGGAUUCACUCUAUUCUGUUAAAUGGUACAAAAACAAUCAGGAGUUUUACCGAUACAUGAGUGAACCCGAUUCAGUGCCAGACAUACAGCCUCAUCGAGUUUUCUAUCAAUUGGGCAUUUAUGUCGAUUUAUCAAAAUCUAAUUCAACGCAUGUUUACCUAAAGAAGACUGAUCUGAAUACUGAGGGCACGUUCACAGCCGAGGUGUCCACCACUACAUUCAAAUCGGUAAAACGACUUAAAGAUUUACGCAUAUAUGUGCUACCGCAGAGAGAAAUUGAAAUAAUGGGAUCCAAAGCCGAGUAUAAGAUGGGAGAGGAUGUACUCAAUUUGACGUGUGUUGCAGCCAAGUCUAAGCCAGUUCAAAUUCUGGCAUGGUUUCUUAAUGGCAUUAGGGUACUGCGAAACGACCCUCACAUCAACUUAAGCCAUCCGGAUAUUGAUGUCUCCUCUGAUGGACUCGUGUCGUCAAGUCUUGGUAUUAGUCUCUCAUUGUUGUCUAAUGAUCACCAUUUGUCUAAUGGAGUUUUGGCAUUAAGAACUUUUUAA